CUGUGGGGAGCUCAAAAAAUAAAGCAGGCCAUCAUCCACCCCGACACAAACGAGACCAUCUUCAUGCCUUUCCGAAUGUCAGGUUACAUUCCCUUCGGAACACCCAUCGUUGUUGGUCUUCUCUUGCCCAACCAGACACUGGCAUCCACUGUGUUUUGGCAGUGGUUGAACCAGAGCCACAAUGCGUGCGUCAACUAUGCAAACCGCAACGCGACAAAGCCUUCUCCGACAUCCAAGUUCAUCCAGGGCUACUUGGGAGCUGUCAUAAGUGCUGUCUCAAUAGCAGUGGGCCUUAAUGUUCUGAUUCAGAGAGCAAACAAGUUUACCCCCGCCACUCGCCUCUUGAUCCAGAGGUUUGUGCCAUUCCCUGCAGUCGCUAGUGCCAAUAUCUGCAACGUUGUCCUGAUGAGGCACACAGAGCUGGAAGAAGGAAUCGAUGUUUUGGACAAUAACGGAAAUAUUGUCGGGUCUUCCAGAAUUGCUGCAAAACACGCACUGCUCGAAACGGCCCUGACCAGAGUGGUCCUGCCGAUGCCUAUACUGGUUCUACCUCCAAUUAUUAUGUCCAUACUGGAAAAGUAA